CAGUCUCCCUUCAUCCAGCAGUCAGACAGCAGACAGGAGAUGCAGAAUCAUUUUGUACACGAGCUGAGCUAAAUAAAAUGUCAAUUUAAUUAAAUAAUAUCACACCUCAUCAUACAGAUAAGUGUUGAGAUCGGAGGAGACAGGCUAAUAGAGUGGUGGUAGGGAUUUUUCUAUAUCGACGGCCUGUGGAGUGGGUGGCCCAUUUUCUACACAAAAAAAGACAAGUAACAAUGGCUGGAAGUUCACGCAAUGGACACACGACGAUGGGUAAGGUCAGUGAAUAUGGACCACCUUACGUGGCUUAUGUUGGCAACAUGCCCUCCCAUCUUGUUCAAGGAGAUAUUGAUCGCGUCUUUAAAGGGCUUAAGACAAGAAAUGUACGACUUGUGUAUGACAAAGAAACGGACCGUUUUAAGGGAUUUUGUUACGUGGAGUUUGAUGAUGCGGAAACUCUGGCAAAAGCUCUCGAGUAUGACGGCGCCAUCGUGGAUACACAAAGGAUUAGAGUUGAUAUUGCUGAUAACCAGAAAAGCAACUCAGGACGUCGCUCUGCAUCGACUGGCCCACCAUCAAAUCGAAAUAAUAAUAAUGUCCGGUCUAUGAAUCAUCGAAAUGAUGACGCACGUCGAGGCGGAGGCUAUGGAGAUAGCGGAUUCAGGGGAAACUCGACUAGCCAUCAUCGUGAACAUCGUCAAGAACGAGUUGAAGGAAGAUCUGGUUAUGGAGGUGACCCAUCUCCAAACUAUCGAAAUGGCAACAACAACAACAACUAUGGAUCUCGAUAUGCUCGAGAUGCUCCACCACCUCAAUCGCAGUACCACCAACGUGGCUCUGGGGAUGGAUAUUCUUCUCGAGCCUCAGGAGGAGGGCGUGAUGGGUGGAGUUCUUCUGGACAAUCUUUGUCCGAAACUAGAGGGCCAUAUCCACGGUCCCCACCGUCACGGCAUCAUCAACAUUACUCGAACCGCAAUGGUGGCAACAACGGCGGUUCGUCUGUCGCUGGCGAAUAUCGAGGUGGUGGGCCACUCAAGGGUCCCAUCCAUCACAGAGGAGGUGGGAGUGCAAGUCGAAGAGAAUCUAAAGAAUCUAUCUCCGACAUUGAACCAAUUCCGGAAGGACGGCCUCGAUUGAAAUUGGCACCGAGGACAGUGCCUGAUCCGUUGAAUUCGGUGGAGACAAACUUGCGGAAUGCGUCCAUCUUUGGAGAUGCUCGACCCCGGGAAGAGAACCUACAAAAAAAACUAUCUGCAACGGAUGCUGUGGGACAUCAUCACAUCUCACCAAGAAAUGAUUCAACUCCUACCUGAAAGAGUGACCACAAGCAAGCUACGCGUGGGACGGACAUAACCAUAGGACGCGUACAACAACAAUUCUUUCGUCUUUUGUUUUCUUUUAGAUCUUAUAAUUAUAGUUCUUUACAUACUACGAGUUCAUGAUGAUGAAAUAGAUUGACAUUAAUUUAAUAUGUAUUUUGAUCAUUUCCAUUUCAAUUUUUCUACAUGUUGGACUCGACGGGGCGUUAGGAUUUUUGGAAGCAUUUCAUAGUUGUCUUUUCUUAUAAAAAUAGUAAAAAAAAAUACCACCAUCAUCAAAUGAUAACGUAGAAACACACAAUUAUUUAUUUAUUACUCUAAACUGUUACUGUAAGACUACUAUAUAUAAUAUAGUACAAGUUAUAAUAAAUGCAGCAGAAUUAAGGCUUUAA